UGAGAACUUCAUGAUCAUUCAUGUCAAUAUCAAGACUUUUAAGUACAACAUUCAUAAAUUGUAGACUUUGGAGCUGAUGCUAUUGUGGCAGUGACUUCCAACUACCGAAACACAUUCCAUCAUGUCAACCCAAGUUUUGAUACUGAUGUUGCCCUAGAAGAGUUCAAGUUGUUGAAAAGAGUUCUGUAUGCAAGGCACGGUGCAGAUUUGAAGGCUUUGAAAUGGAAUAAUGUGCAGGACCUACAGGAUUUUCCACACAUGGCCUUGGUAAUAGAGCUGCUGCAUUGUCUUCCACCAACGAGUGUCAGCUGUGAAACAACAUUUUCACAAAUGAAGCUGAUCAAGACAAGCAGACGGAUAAGCAUGUCCAAUGAAACAUUGAACAACCUUCUGCUGGUCAAACUCCAGAGUCCGUGCAUCCCAGAAUUUAAUCCUAAGGAUUCCAUUGAUGACUGGCUUCUCUCAUCUUUGAUGCCAAGGAGGCCACACUACCGAAGAUCUACUGGUAAAAGAGAGAAACAGACUGACCUGGAAAAUGUAACCAAUGCAGCUGGUACAGCCCACAACAACAUUGAUGAGAUUGGUAAUCCUACUCACCUACAGGAUGGGGCCCAGAUUGAGAGAGAAGAUGAUUUAGAGACUGAAGAGAUUGAGGGAAUAAAAGAGGGUGAAACUCAGAUUGAGGGAAAGAAUGAGGAUGAGAUUGAGGGAAAGAAUGAGGGUGAGACAAAGAUUGAGGGUGAUACAGAGAUUGAGAGUGAUGUUGAGAGAAAGAUUGAGGGUGAUACUACAGAGAUUGAGAGUGAUGUUGAGAGAAAGAUUGAGGGUGAUACUACAGAGAUUGAGGGUGAUGUUGAGAGACAGAUUGAUGGUGAAUGGUCUAGGGAAGAGGACAGCAUCAUAAGUGAGGAAGAACAACUCAUGAGACUUGAUUUAAUCUUUGGAAAAGAUGCAGAUGAUUUUGACUAUUCUGAAGACUAUCAAGGCGAAGAGGAGAACUUUGAAAAUAUCAUGAUGUUUUCAAGAAGUUGUUAAUAGUUUUGCAACGAUCAUGUGUGUCUUUUGGAUCCUUUGUCAUAAUUAAGAGAUUGUUUAAGAGAUCAAAUAAAAGUUAUGAUGAAAUGAC